GUUGUUGCUUGGCAACUGACAAUUUAGAAAAGAAAAAGUAGAGUAGUAAACUUUAUAGUUAGAAUUUAUUUAGAUUGUAGCUGAGGAUAAUAGGUUACGAAUAAAAUUAAUUUAAAGAUGAAUACUAUUAAGAAUAUCCGAAGUACGCUGUCUAACAAAGGAAAUCUAAAUCUUGCUUGGUUCGGUUAUCAAGACUCAAAAAGAAAUCUAACGCAGCAGUCAGGCGAAAACUACGAUGUAAGAGUGAACUGUUCAAACACGACUUCUGUGCCAACUGGGUUGAUAAUCGGGGUGUACAGCGAAGAGGGCGAUUUGAAAGGGCAGACUGCGGACUUCACUCCAGCAGGGAAAAAGUUCAACGAUAGCGUUAAAGGGUUCGUAAAGGAUCAAUUGCUGAGAACGCUUCCCCUUCCAAAACUGGGCCAAGUGCGUCUCUUCUAUGGAGUUGAUGACAGGUUUAACGCAGUGGCUGUUGUGGGGCUUGGGACAGACUGCAUUGGCUACAAUCCAGUGGAAGAAAUUGACGAGCAAAAGGAAGUGAUUAGGGUAGCGGCGGCUGUAGGCGCGAGAGCUCUCCAGGACUUGCAGAUCUACCGUAUCAUGGUCGAGAGUUUUGGACAUGCCGAAUCGGCAGCAGAAGGUGCCACUAUGGGUCUUUGGGUCUACCAAGAGCACAGGGCCGAAAAAAAGCAGCUUGUGGUACCAAAGUUGAUUUUAUUUGAUUCCGAGGACUGGAUAGGCUGGCAAAUAGGCCAACAGAAAGCAAAUGCUCAAAACCUCGCUAGGCAAUUCUCAGAAACACCAGCAAAUUUAUUGACGCCGUCAGUCUUUGCCCAGAGCUCUGUGGAAGUUUUGACUAAAGCAGGUGUAAAUGUUGAAGUCAAAGUUCAAAACUGGGCUAAGUUACGUGGGUUCAAUGCGUUCUUGUCUGUUGGAAGUGGAUCUUGUCAGCCACCAAUUUUUCUAGAAGCAUAUUAUGAAGGGUGCGAUCCUGAUGUAUCUCCUGUUGUGCUAAUAGGAAAAGGAGUUACAUUUGAUGCUGGAGGUGUUUGCCUUCAUCGUUGCUUCGAUUUGAGGGAUUUGAGAGGCGACAUGGCAGGAGCAGCAAGUGUAGUGGCAGCUUUGAGAGCAAUUUCAACGCUACAGCUUCCAAUUAAUGUUAGAGGUUUGAUCCCAUUAUGCGAAAACAUGCCUGGUGCUUCUGCAUAUAAACCUGGUGACAUAAUAAGAGCUCAAAAUGGCAAAACCAUAUUGGUUCAGACAACAGCAAAUGAAGGCCGGCUUAUAUUAGCGGAUGCAUUGAGUUACUGUGCAGUAUACAAUCCUAAAUUUGUUGUUGAUAUUGGAACUUUGACGACUGAAGUUAAGAAGCUUAUGGGAGCGUCUGCAGCAGGAGUUUUCACCAACUCGGACCAACUUUACGAUCUGUUAAGGAUAGCAUCAAUUCAUACAGGGGACCGGGUUUGGCGUCUACCUCUCUGGGAGUAUUUUACCGAAGAUGUCACCAACACGGAAAAGUCGGAUGUCCAGAAUGUUGGGACCCCUGAUCACGGCGGUGCUUGCAAUGCAGCGGCUUUCCUCAAGGAAUUUGUUCCCAAUUUGACAGACUGGGUGCACAUUGACACAUAUGGUAUCGUGAAAGCGGACCUCCAAAGCCCGCCCUAUCUUCGACCCGGGAUGUCUGGAAGGCCGACAAGAACAAUAAUUGAAUUUCUAUCACAACUAGCAUGUCGCAAUUAAAUAAUAAGAUUAUAAAAAGUAAAAUAAAUUACUAAAAAACAAGUUAAACAUUAAA